GCCGCCCCGAGUGGGGCCUGGCCACGUGCGUCCAGGCGUGCGCGGCGCGCGCCAUGAAGUGCGCCAUCCAGAUCUGCGGGGGAGCUGAGAAAUUCCACAGGAAGCCGUGGAUAUCACCCGCGACGUUGAGCAGGCGUCGCAUCUCGCUCCGUUACGCCGCCGCGCCCGCGCGCACCUCCGGGGCGCGCGGCUUCGGUGGCGAGCUGCCUGCUUCUACCGGUCGCGCCAGAGGGCGGCGCGCCCUCGGCGCGGCCGCCGACUCCCGGGGAGAAGACCGCCGCGCGAAGAAAUUCUGGCACGUCGUCGACGGAGGUGGCAAGUCCGCGAGCAGCGACCAGACCAUGCGCGACAAGGGCGGCCUGCUCGUUGAGCCCCCCGACUUUCGCGAAGCUCGAUGGGAGGGGCACUUCUGCGACGUGUUCCAGGGCAGGGUCGCCGAACGCAUCGACGUCGCGCCCGCGUCGGCCAGCUUUGCGCGCGGCGCCGCCGUCGAGCGCUCCCAGGCGCAGCCGUUGUUCGGUUCUCCGGUUGUCGCAGCCAGCCUCGAGCGCAUGGCGAGGAAUCAGGGCGUCAGCAUCGACGGCGUGCCCGUUGAGGUCUUGGCGGCUUCUGGCGACGCCUCUGCCGUCGAGAUCUCCGACGUUGUCCGCCGUGCCCAGAGGGGCUGGCCGUCGGCCUGGAAGGCCGGCAAGGUCGUCGACGUCUACAAGCGCGAGGGCGACAG